AUAAUUACCUUACCUUUUUGUUUGUUUUCAGAACUUCUCUCUGGAGUUGAAGCCGGGUCAGAUGACGGCUCUAGUGGGAAUGUCAGGUGGGGGAAAGAGCACCUGUGUGAGUCUGCUGGAGAGAUUCUACCAGCCUCAGCAGGGACAGAUUCUGUUAGACAGACAACCACUGCAGAACUAUCAACACAAAUACUUGCACAGCAAGAUAGCAAUGGUGGGUCAGGAGCCUGUACUUUUCUCUGGCACUGUACGAGACAACAUUGCCUAUGGUCUGCCCAGCUGCUCAAUGGAGAGAGUAAAGGAGGCUGCCAGCAAAGCCAAUGCCCAUGCUUUCAUCUGCAAACUGGAAAAUGGCUACGACACAG